AUGGCAGUCUCUGGAAUUCCCGGAAAUGGUAUGUAUGAAUCAACCACCGCUGCAUCGAGUGGAUCUCUAAUCUAUGCUGUCCCCGAUGAUUUAAUACAGACGGUUUUGCAACAUCUGAGUGCGACUGAUCUGUGUCACGUGGCAUCAUGUUGCCGUUGGCUACGCGAUGCAACCAAUCAGGAUUCACUCUGGCUCCCUCUUUGUCAAAGUAAAGGAUGGAAACACUAUGGCACCACCACCGACCUGGCCAAGAUACCUUCCUACGGACCUUCCGAGCAAGCAGGGGACGACAGCGCCACCUUCCAGAAUGAUAGGAUCGUGACUGAUGACAACACAGCGGGUUUAACCAGCACUUGCAGGUGGAAAGGCGUCUACAUGAGAGCUCACCAUCUGGAUAGAAACUGGGCUACAAAUUGCUCUCAUUUCAAGGAAUGUCAUUUCGAUUUGCAAGACAAACCCCGUACUGAUCUUCGCACCCAUUCUGUCGAUGGGGAUCUACUAGCAAUGUAUAACUUUAACCAAACAAUCCAUGUCUAUGACAUUCGGAACCAGACCCUUCAGUGUGUUAUCAACUCAGCGUGCAAUUUGUAUGCAAUCAAGUUCACAGAUGGCGUAAUUGUGGUGCCUUGUGAUAAUGGGAGGGUCGAUGCAUUUGAUGCAAGGACCGGGCAGACUCUGCAAACGAUAGAGGGUAACUGGGGCCAUAACACUGUUUCACUGUUCUUUGAUGGUGAACUGGUCUUAACCUGUGUGCACACUUCCGAUACGGAACGCACGAUGUCCACGGACAUUUGCGUGUGGUGUGUGGAAGACGGCCUACUUCAACGCAUCAUAACUGUGGACCAUACGGACGACGUCUGCGUUUAUUAUACCGGUAAACUGGACUACCGGGACAAGAUGUUAGCGGCUGUCUGCAAUGAUGACCACAUUCACGUGUGGGAUGCGAGGAGCGGAGAGUGUUUGCAUCAACUAGAAUGCCCAAGGAAACAGACAAAGGUUCAACUUGGCGAUAAUGUUAUUUUCGGUUUCAGCACGAAAGGCGAUGUCUGCGUUACUAGUAUUUGGAGCCAGGAGACGGGCGAUUGUCAAAAGGUGAUAGAUCUACACGUAGGCCUACCCACUCCUUACAUUGGGGAGUAUUAUACAGAGAUCAUCAAUAAUUUGAUACUACUAGAGAUAAAGAUUAAUGUCUUAGAUGUGCGAAGUUCUGUUAAAACUUACAAUCUGCUUGGAGAAUUCGUAAAUGAUGCGCAACUGGAGUAUAAUGACGGUGACGUGAAAGGAAACGGAAGCAAGGGCCUCUUCAAUCUAUUCGUGGAGACAAGAAUGGGUAGGGAAGAUUGGAAAGGAGUCGUCUUCAACGCCACUCCAACUGGAUUGGUGCGACUCUUUGAUGCUGGUCCUUUCGAAAUCAUCUGGCUUGACGAAAUCAGAAUGAUCCUUUUUGACCAUAAAGAAAACAAACUCAGUAUCCAUCACUACUGGUAA